CGGGUUUAGUCCGCUCGGGCGGGGCCGAGCCUGGCGCGGGGCAGAGCGAGCGCUCCCCCGCCAUGAUCCCCUCCCGCCGCCUGUGAAGGGCCCUGGCGAGCUGAGUCUGCGGGCGGCAGCAGGACCCCGCCCGGCGCGCUGCGCUCUGCGCCCUGCCUCCCUCCCCCGCGCCGGCUUUGAGUAGAGGCUGGCUCCGCUUGGCGGGGGAGCGACUCGUUGGAGCUGCCCGGCUACCGCUCUCCGGCGCCUCUUCCCCGCCGGCUGGCCAGUGAGGUCUGGGCCCCUUUGUCCAGCCAUGAGGAGCAGGAGUAACUCCGGGGUGAGGCUGGAUGGCUAUGCCAGGCUGCUGCAGCAGACCAUCCUCUGUCACCAGGACCCGGUGACAGGACUGCUCCCAGCCAGCUGUGAUCAUAAAGAUGCCUGGGUCCGGGAUAACGUCUACAGUGUGCUGUCCAUGUGGGGCCUGGGCUUGGCGUACCGCAAAAAUGCAGACCGUGAUGAGGACAAGGCAAAGGCAUACGAACUGGAGCAGAGUGUAGUGAAACUGAUGCGGGGAUUGCUGCAGUGCAUGAUGAGACAGGUGGAUAAGGUGGAGGCAUUCAAGUACAGCCAGAGCCCCAAGGAUUGUUUCCAUGCCAAGUACAACACCCACACCUGUGCCACUGUGGUUGGAGAUGACCAGUGGGGUCACUUGCAGUUAGACGCCACAUCAAUUUACCUGCUCAUGUUGGCACAAAUGACAGCCUCUGGGCUUCACAUUAUCUACAGUCUGGAUGAAGUCAAUUUCAUACAGAACGUUGUGUUUUACAUCGAAGCAGCGUAUAAAACUGCAGACUUCGGGAUAUGGGAACGUGGAGACAAGACGAACCAAGGAAUCACGGAGCUGAACGUGAGCUCAAUCGGCAUGGCUAAGGCAGCCCUCGAAGCCCUGGAUGAACUCGAUCUCUUUGGUGCCAAAGGAGGCCCUCAGUCAGUGAUCCAUGUCCUGACGGAUGAGGUGCAGCAUUGCCAGUCUAUUCUCCAUUCCAUGCUGCCAAGGGCUUCGACUUCCAAGGAGAUUGAUGCCAGCCUCCUCUCAGUCAUCUCGUACCCCGCCUUUGCCGUGGAGGACAGUGAGCUGGUGGAGAUAACGAAGCAAGAAAUCGUUACAAAGCUGCAGGGGCGUUACGGCUGCUGCCGGUUUCUCAGAGAUGGGUACAGGACCCCUAGAGAGGACCCAAAUCGCCUCUAUUACGAGCCUGCUGAGCUGAAGCUCUUUGAGAACAUUGAGUGCGAGUGGCCUUUGUUCUGGACCUACUUCAUUAUCGACGGGAUCUUCAGCGGCAAUGUAGAGCAGGUCCAGGAGUACAGGGAGGCCCUUGAAGGCGUGCUCAUCAAGGGGAAGAAUGGAGUUUGCAUGGUACCGGAGCUGUACAGUGUCCCUCCCAAUAAGGUGGAUGAGGAGUAUAUGAAUCCCCACACUGUCGACCGGGUCCCUAUGGGCAAGCUGCCCCACAUGUGGGGCCAGUCUCUCUACAUCCUGGGGUGCCUGAUGGCAGAGGGAUUUCUGGCUCCAGGUGAAAUUGAUCCCCUGAAUCGCAGGUUUGCUACUGUCCCGAAGCCAGAUGUGGUAGUCCAAGUGUGCAUCCUAGCCGAGACAGACGGCAUCAAGGCCAUUCUGAAGAAGCAGGGCAUCGAGGUGGAGACGGUGGCUGACGUGUACCCCAUCAGAGUGCAGCCGGCCCGGAUCCUCAGCCACAUCUAUGCCAGACUGGGUCGCAACAAGCAAAUGAACCUGAGUGGACGACCCUUCCGUUACAUGGGAGUCCUGGGCACAUCCAAGCUCUAUGACAUCAGAAAGAACAUCUUCACCUUUACACCUCAGUUCAUCGAUCAGCAGCAGUUCUACUUGGCCCUGGACAACAAGAUGAUCGUGGAGAUGCUGCGGACAGACCUCUCCUACCUGUGCAGCUGCUGGAGGAUGACUGGACGGCCGACAAUCACCUUCCCCAUCUCGCAAACCAUGCUCGAUGACACUGGAACCAGCAUCCACCCGACGGUGCUGGCAAUGCUGAGGAAGCUGAAGGAUGGGUAUUUUGGUGGGGCGAGGACCCAAACGGGUAAGUUGUCUGAGUUCCUGACAACUUCGUGUUGCACGCACCUCAGCUUCAUGGAUCCUGGUCCAGAGGGUAAGCUCUAUGCCGAUGAUUACGGGCUCAGCAUUGACAGCUACAGUGAGCUUGAUCCUGAGGAGUGGCUGCAUGGCUUUCAAUUAGCGAGUGACGCUGACGUUUGUGACGAAGUGGCUCAGUAUUUAGAUCACCUUUUGGAGCACACAGCUCCCAAGGCCGCCCAGAAGGGAGGGCUGCAUCGCUUCCGAGCCGCAGUGCACACCACUUGUGACCUCAUGUCCCUGGUGUCCCAAGCCAAAGAGCUGCACGUACAGAAUGUCAACAUGUACAUCCCAUCCAAGCUGUUCCAGGCCUCCCAGCCUUCAGUGCACUUGCUGGGCUCCACCCAUACACCCGAACAGGACAGCCAGAUUCCCUCGCUCCACACCAUGGUGAACCUUCCUCGAGACAAGGCUGGAAACGUGGACUGCAAGGCCCUGGUGGAUCAGCUGCGAGAGUGCCCCACCCUACAGGAGCAGGCUGACCUUCUCUACAUGCUCCACACCCUCAAGGGGCUUGACUGGGACAUGGAGAUCGAUGGCCAACCUGGUGCUACGGUCAAGGACCUCCUUACUGAGCUGUAUGUCAACGUCGGAGCUACCCGACAGUGGGCCCUGAUCCGCUACAUCUCCGGGAUCUUGAAAAAGAAGGUGGAAGCUCUUGAUGAGGCCUGCACUGACCUCCUGUCUCAUCAGAAGCACUUGACAGUGGGGCUUCCUCCAGAGCCUCGGGAGAAGACGAUCUCUGCCCCCGUCCCGUAUGAGGAGCUCACCCGCCUGAUUGACGAAGCCAGUGAGAAGAACAUGAGCGUCUCGAUCCUGACUCAGGAAAUCAUGGUCUACCUGGCCAUGUACAUACGUACCCAGCCUGCCCUCUUUGCCGAGAUGUUCCGCCUGCGCAUUGGGCUUAUCAUCCAGGUGAUGGCAACGGAGCUGGCACAUUCCCUGCACUGCUCAGCUGAAGAAGCCACCGAGAGCUUGAUGAACCUCAGUCCUUCAGAUAUGAAGAGUCUUCUACACCACAUUCUCUCUGGCAAGGAGUUUGGAGUGGAGAAGAGCGUGCGUUCUGUUGAUUCAGCCCUAACCCCUGCUAUUUCCAUCCGCGAGGUUGGCGCCGUCGGAGCAACUAAAACAGAGCGAGCUGGGAUAGUGAAGUUGAAGAGUGAGAUCAAACAGCAACUGGAUAAACGUAGGCAGUCUCUGAGGGACAGUAAGUCUUGUGGCUUCCACUCUCUGGAGAUGGAUUCAGGAUCUCCUCUGAGUUCUGGAAACUCCUUCUUGCCUGCUGGAGGAUCCUUUGCUAGCAUGCUGGAAGAUCAGGUCUCCAGAGAUGGCCGCCAUGGCCAGUGGCAGCGGAGAAGGCGGCUGGACGGAGCUCUCAACAGGGUCCCGGUGGGGUUCUACCAGAAGGUCUGGAAAAUCCUGCAGAAGUGCCAUGGCCUCUCUGUGGAGGGCUUUGUACUUCCAGCCUCAACAACCAAAGAGAUGACUCCUGGGGAGAUCAAGUUUUCAGUCCAUGUGGAGUCCGUCUUAAACCGUGUCCCGCAGCCAGAAUACAGGCAGCUCCUGGUAGAAGCCAUCCUUGUCCUGACCAUGCUGGCAGAUGUGGAAAUACACAGCAUUGGGGGCAUCAUUGCAGUGGAAAAGAUUGUGCACAUAGCAAAUGACUUAUUCUGUGAAGAACAGAAAGCACUGGGCGCUGAUGACAACAUGCUGCAGAAGGAUCCUGCCACAGGCAUCUGUACCUUGCUAUAUGACAGUGCCCCUAGUGGCAGGUUUGGCACCAUGACCUACCUCUCCAGAGCAGUGGCAACGUAUGUGGAGGAGUUCCUCCCCAGCAGUGGCUGCACCAUGCAAUAGACCCAUCUGGACUUGCAGCUGGAGUUUACAAACUGCCUUGGGUUACCUUUUAGAAGUCAAUGGCAGGCGUUAAGCUGGCUUGCUGGUAGACUGUCUCCAUGCCAUGAAAACUUGUUGAAUUCAGGGGUGGAACCUACCAUCUCCUAGCGUCACCCUGGGGAAAAAAACACCCUGCUUGCAAUAGCUGUUCUCAGCAGGGGACAUGUGUCUCUGCUGACGCCAAGUGAUGUUUCAGGAGAGCAUGUUUGUGUGAUUAAACCAUGGCUGUGUUUGCAUACAGCCAUUCCAGCUGUUCCCUGGCACUGAAUCCAGGACCAGGCUCACAUGGGAGAGGCCUCUGCUGAGGGUCCCGGGGUCUGAUCCCUGCUUGGAUAUGGGGUAUCUGUAUGUGUGUUACAAGUCAGCACUUGGGGUGGGUUUCACUCAGUGAGGUGGUGAAUGGGGGAGGGCUCUGCAGAUGCACGCUAUGGCACUCAGGCUGGUCUCACCUCACUGGUUUCCCUCCAUUGGGUUUUGGGUUUUGAAUAGGCUCUUGCCGCUUUAGCCCCAAUGUGUGUGGAAUUUUGAAGAAGGGUUUUAUAAACUGAAUGGUAGCUUACCCUGUUGUCGUAGGGGCAUGGGCCCCGAGCAGACCCUGCUGGCAUUAACUUGCUGAGCAACCCAAACCUAAUCUCUGGACUCUGCCCCGUUAGUCCCACAGGCUUCUUCCCACAGUGCAGUCUGGACCUCUCUGCUCUUCUGCCCCCCAGAGCUGUGAAGCUUUCAGAAACCAGGCAGAAUCACUUUAGAGGGCAGGUGUAUUGAGACCCUGAACCACUCCCCCGUCUGCUGGGAGCUGUGAAAGAGAGUGCUGAUUCUAGUCACUUUUGGCUGGCUCUCCAGCCCCAUCCUACACCAUGUUCAGCCAGGCUUUGACGUGCUGUGUUCCUGCUAAUAAGGCCUGUUGUCGACUCACCCUCCUGGAGUAUCCCUUGUGGCCUGGGGUGGCAUUUUGGUGACUCUGUCUCUCUCCCCUCAUCAGGACUUCAGUGGGGACAUGGCCCUCUGCCCAGGCUGCUCUGUUGCCCCUCCUCUUGUGGGGUAUGGGUGUCACCAAUAAAUCCUAUCUGACAGAAUACAGGCAAUGAACAAGUCUUCCACCCCCAGCCUCCUCUCCAGUCUCACUUGUUUUCCAGAGCAAUUGACUCUGGGCUUGUCCCCAGAACCCCUCAGCAAAACCCAAACACCAACUGACAUACAAACCCAGCAACUUCUGCCCAGCCCCAGCUUGAGCUUGUAGCCAGGUUAGGUUUUCCCUGGUGCUCCAUUCUUCUACCCAACAGCAACCCCCCCCCAAGGGCCCCCUCCCUGGAGUCCUGCCCCCUUUCCUAAGCCCACCACAAGCAUGAACUCCACUAUGGCCCUUUCCCACCAUACUCCUCCUGCCCGGCUCCUGCAGAGAGGGCCUCCAGACAACCUCUCCUGACUCUCCCUGCCUCCGUGGCACUGACCUCCUCCAGCCUGGUCCCCCUGCAGUUGUAACACAGUGGGGCCCCUUCGUAGUGGGGUGUGGCUUAUGCACCCCCUCAAGGCUGUGUCCAGCAUGGUACAGAUGGUUUCCGUCUCUGAGGUGCAGGACCUGGGCACACAGGGUGUCCAGCUCCUCCUCACACUCACUCGUUGUCAGGAGCUGACAGUUCCUACCCUUCAAGGCCUCCCAGAGCAGUUCUCCCUUUCACAGCACCUGCUCCGAUGCCAGCAGCUUCUUUUGCACAUUCUCUGCCACUGUGACCAUAUGCUUGCAGUCUGUCCUGUUCAGUGCCUCUGCAGUAAGGGCCUCAGUCUUUUUACCUAGCCCCCUGCAAGCUGCUAAGAGUUGGUAGUCACCAGCACUUCCCCCGUUUUGUUUGAGGCAGUGUCAGAGUCCCCGCUGCAGGCUAUUCAGCCUCACAUGUGGGCUCCACUCCCAUGUCCUCAUCUCAGCCCAGAGGGAAACCUGCUUCUGCCCCAGCUGUUGCUGCUGCUUCCAGUGUUCCACCCCUGCCUUUGCCUAGGCUGGUUCUUGUCUGGCCACUUGGGCCAUCACCUCUUGCCAGGCAGUGCCUGUUUCCACUAGCUGUCACUUACAGGCUUUCAGCUGGCCAGGCAGAAUCUGCAGGUGACUCAUGGCUGCUGGCUGGCUGCCUUCAGCAGCCUCCAGCGGGGGUUCUACCAUCUUUGAGUCCUCCCCAGCCUCAGCAGUCCUGGGCUGCAGCUCUUCAUUCACCCAAGCCCUUCCCUUCCUUUGCAUCAUCAUCUUCUGUACCGGGGUUGGGAAUUCCCACCAAUCCCUCCCCAGGAUCGCAGGCUGAGGGAGAAUCUUGACUGCUCCAACCUGUAUAUGCCACCCCUGGCCCCGUACCUCCAGCUCUAGUCGGUCGUGGGACAUGCCCCCCCUCCCCACCCCGCCCUGUCUUCCUGGACACGAGAUGUGCACUGGCAGGUGUUUGGUCCACGUUUCUUCAGCCCAGCAUUUGUCCACACCCUGAACCCAUCAGGACGUCUACUGCCACUCCUCCCCCUUAGGUAGCCCUGCGUGUGGUAGCUUUUUAACCUUGUCCAGGGAGGACCCUGCUGCACAAACUUCAGUGUAAUAAUUAAUGUAUCUGUGCUCCAUCAAUGGACAGUCCCUCCUAAAGCAUCCUGGCUUGCUGCACUGACUUCCUUGGCUGCCCCCAGAGGAGCUCCGUUUGACUGAGGGACUAACCGGAAGGCUGGUAGAUCUGGAGUGCCCUUGAAAAAAUGUCCUCAGUUUCCUGGUA